AAAUAAAAAAAAUAAAAUAAAAUAAAUAACUAACAACACAGCGCAGAGACUAAAAUAGUGCCUAGUGUGCGUAAAGAAAAAUUAAAAUAAAGUGUGUGAGUGUGCAACUGCAGAACAGUGAACAUCACUAAAGUGACUCCAACGCAUUUUAACUAGAGAGACUACAACACGGAUUUAUAAUAUCGAAAUGACAUUUUUUCUCCUUAUUUCGGCCGUAAUAGCGGCUGUUCAAGCAGAUGUUUCGCAUUUAUCACGGGGUAAUUCGUUGGAUGGUUACGAAUAUCCACGACCUGCCAUCCCAUUUGAGUCGCGACCAAUUGAAAGUGUGGUAAGCAAUGGAUAUGUUUAUGAGAAGCCGAAAAAUCCUCUGGUUUAUCCCGAAAAAUCGGUGGUAGAGCCGCAAGGUUAUGUGUAUAAUAAACCACAAGUGGAAUUCCCAUUACCUCCACCAGCCAGAACAACAGUGAGAUCAAAUCCAAUUUAUCUUCCACCGACCACACCCGCACCAAAAUGUCAACCGCCAAAGGUCGGAGUUUAUCCUAACUGUCAGUUACCUCCAUGCCCACCUGGCUAUUCUGGAAAUUAUCCAAACUGCAAUAAACCAACUACAUCAGCGCCACUUUAUAUCCCUCCAAAACCAACGGGAUAUGAAUAUCCAAAGCCAGCAAUCAAGUUUGAAUUACCACCAUCAACGACCACUCCUCGACCGGUUCCAAGCACAUAUUUGCCCCCCACUCAACCACCAAAAUGUCCACAAGGCUUCAUUGGCUCAUAUCCGAAUUGUCAACUUCCUGCCUGUCCUCCAGGCUACAGUGGAUCAUAUCCAAAUUGUGUUAAACCAACUACAUCAGCGCCCUUGUAUAUACCACCUAAACAAACAGGUUAUGAAUAUCCAAAACCAGUAAUCAAGUUGGAAUUACCACCAUCAACGACCACUCCACGACCGGUUCCCAGCACAUAUUUACCCCCUACUCAACUACCAAAGUGUCCACAAGGCUUCAUUGGCUCAUAUCCAAAUUGUCGUUUGCCCGAGUGUCCAGCAGGUUUUAUUGGAUCAUAUCCAAAUUGUUUUAGGCCUACUACAUCCGCACCGUAUAUUCCACCCCGCACACAAAAACCGCAAGGAUAUUUUUAUCCAGUCCCACAAAAGAAAUUCACCAUUCCCCCAAAAGCUUUUACAACCCAAAAAUCAUUCCCAAAAACAUACCUACCUCCCAUUACACCUGCUGUCGGAGUUUAUCCUAACUGUCAGUUACCUCCAUGCCCACCUGGCUACUCCGGAAUUUAUCCAAACUGCAAUAGACCAACCACAUCAGCGCCCUUGUAUAUACCACCUAAACAAACAGGUUAUGAAUAUCCAAAACCAGUAAUCAAGUUGGAAUUACCACCAUCAACGACCACUCCUCGACCGGUUCCAAGCACAUAUUUGCCCCCUACUCAACCACCUAAAUGUCAACCGCCAAAGGUCGGAGUUUAUCCUAAUUGUCAACUUCCUGCCUGUCCACCUGGCUAUUCCGGAAUUUAUCCAAACUGCAAUAAGCCAACCACAUCAGCGCCACUUUAUAUCCCACCAAAACCAACGGGUUAUGAAUAUCCAAAGCCAGCAAUCAAGUUUGAAUUACCACCAUCAACGACCACUCCUCGACCGGUUCCAAGCACAUAUUUGCCCCCCACUCAACCACCAAAAUGUCCACAAGGCUUCAUUGGCUCAUAUCCGAAUUGUCAGCUUCCUGCCUGUCCUCCAGGCUACAGUGGAUCAUAUCCAAAUUGUGUUAAACCAACUACAUCAGCGCCCCUAUAUAUACCUCCGAGAACAACAGGUUAUGAAUACCCAAAACCAGCAAUCAAAUUCACAUUGCCUCCAUCAACUACCACACCACCACGACCAGUUCCAACAUCUCCAGCAGUCUAUCUUCCACCAAUCAGUACAACAACAACAACACCAGCGCCAACAUACCUACCACCCAAAUAUGUAACCCCGAAAGGCGAUGGCUACCACUAUCCGCGGCCUGCCAUUCCAUUUGAUUUUUAA